AUGUUCGAGGCACUUGACUACGACGUCGUCAUCGUGGGCGCCGGUAUCAGUGGCAUCAAUGCCGCAUAUCGCAUCCAACACGAGCUCGGAGAUUUGAGAUAUAUCGUUCUGGAGAACCGAUCAGAACUUGGAGGUACCUGGAGCUUGUUCAAAUAUCCUGGAAUUCGAUCUGACUCGGAUCUUUAUACCUUUGGAUUUCCUUGGGAGCCGUGGACGGAGAACCAUCCCAUCGCGUCUGCUCCAGCCAUCCUGAGCUAUAUGAAGCGGACCGUGGAUAAACAUGGCCUAAUGGAACAUAUUCGCUUCAAUCACAAAGUUGAUCGAUUGUCGUGGUCUUCAGAACAGCAGUCAUGGACUAUCGACUCCACCUGUCACGAUGGUGGCCAGUCUGUCGCCGCGGCACGCAAGGUAUAUCGUGCGAAGUACGUGAUCAUGGCCACGGGGUACUAUGACUACGAGCAGCCGUUGGAAACCACGAUCCCUGGCCUAGAAAACUUUCAAGGCAAGGUCAUCCACCCACAAUUCUGGGACGAGUCCUACGACUAUUCCGAUCAGAACGUGGUCGUCAUUGGUAGUGGUGCAACUGCAGUGACCCUGUUGCCGGCCAUGUCGGAGAAGGCCAAAUCCGUAACCAUUCUGCAGCGAUCACCUAGCUAUCUGUUGGCGAACCCGAUCGUGCCGCCCCUCGUCCCGACCAUCAAACGCUGGCUUCCCACGUCGUGGGCGAUCAAAGUCAUCCGCUGGCGAGCGAUUCUGAACACGUACCUUAUCUACUGGUUCUGUCAGUACUUUCCAAACAAGGCGCGACGCAUCCUACAGAGCCGAGUGGCCACUGAACUCCCCGCCGACGUCCCGUGUGACCCGCAUUUCAUACCCCGUUACUCCCCGUGGCAGCAGAGGAUGUGCAUCACACCCGGAGGAGACUUCUUCGCCGCCCUGCGCUCAGGAAAAGGCCACGUCGUCACUGACACGGUCAAUACGGUGGAGUCGGAUGGGAUCCUGUUGAACUCUGGCGCUCGACUCCCGGCGGACUUGAUUGUCCCCGCCACCGGACUGAGGGUCGAGAUGGGCGGACACACGAAGCUAGUAGUAGAUGGCAAGCAGGUCAACUUCGGCGACAAGCUGGCCUGGAAGGGCGCCCUGCUGCAAGACGUCCCCAACUUCAUCUUCGUUUUCGGCUACACCAACAUGAGUUGGACCCUCGGGGCGGACGCUACCGCCCAGUUGUUCGUCCGUCUUGUCAAGAAGAUGCGCGGAGAAAAAUGCUCGAGUGUGGUUCCACGCCUGGCCUCACAGCAUCCCGGCGCCGCUCCGAUGCAGCGUAUCCCCCUCCUCAACCUUAACAGCAGCUACGUCAAGAAAGCCGUGGAACGGGGCACGAUGCCCCAGUCCGGGGAUCGCGGUCCGUGGGCGGCCAGGACCAGCUAUUUCAGGGACUAUUGGAAUGCCAAAUUCGGCGACCUGCAUCAAGAUUUGGCCUUUACCCGUCUGAAGGCAGAAUAA